CCCACCGGCCGAAACCCGCGCCCGCUCCUCCGCCGCCCUGAGAGCGGAGCCCGGACGUCGCCUCUGAAUGACCGCGAGGAGCCGGCGGGUGACGUCAUCGCGGCGCGACGACCGGAAGUGAGCUCCCGGCUCCGAGUGUGGCAGCGCAGCGACCCCCCGUCCCGCAUUCGGCUGCGAUGGAGAUGGACGGCGCCUGCGAGUCGCCCGCGGAAAAAGGCGGAGACACGGGGGCGCCCGACGAGGUGGCCGCAGCCCCCGCGGGCCCUGGGGCCCCCGACGCCGACGGACACCCGGAGGAAACGGACGCGGACGGAGAAGGGGACUUGAAAGAAGCCGCGGUUGAGGAAGGCGAGCUCAAGAGUCAGGACAUCUCAGAUUUAACAGAAGUUGAAAGGGAGGACUCAUCAUUACUCACUCCUGCAGCCAAAAAACUGAAAAUAGAACCCAAAGAAAAGAAAGAGAAGAAACAGAAAGUGGAUGAAGAUGAGAUUCAGAAGAUGCAAAUCCUGGUUUCUUCUUUUUCUGAGGAGCAGCUGAACCGUUAUGAAAUGUACCGCCGCUCAGCUUUCCCUAAGGCGGCCAUUAAACGGCUGAUCCAGUCCAUCACUGGCACCUCCGUGUCUCAGAACGUGGUUAUUGCUAUGUCGGGUAUUUCCAAGGUUUUCGUCGGGGAAGUGGUAGAAGAAGCACUGGAUGUGUGUGAGAAGUGGGGAGAAAUGCCACCACUACAACCCAAACAUAUGAGGGAGGCUGUUCGGAGGUUAAAGUCGAAGGGGCAAAUACCCAACUCGAAGCACAAAAAAAUCAUCUUCUUCUAAGACCAAAGCUGAGAAAAGCCUGGCACGGAGGAUGUACUGGUUCCAGACUUGGGAUUGCAGACUGCGUGCGCACUGGUGCUUUGGGGUCUGCCCAUGUCUCUGUCUUUCUCAACACUGUUCAUCACACCUAGAAAGCAUGUGGCCUGUUGCAUACAUGCCUUGACUAAAUAUUGGGACCUUUGGGCAUUUUGAGGCAAUUGUCUGUCUGGCUCAUUGGAAGCAGAAAGGCACCUGGCGUGGCUUCUCUGGGCGAGCUGCUUUCAGAGAGAAAACCUUUCCAGGAGAACUCAGAUGUUUUCGCACUGGAGCCUGAAGUUGCUCUUAGGGUUUCUUAUCUCUGGUUUAAGUAGAUGAAACAACUCCAAACAAACGAUGUUGCGGUGCAGGAGAAUGGAAGUUUCUCCCUGUACACAUUAAAGAAUCUCCGAUGGAUUCUGGUGAGUGAUCAUUAAACUAUUUCCCAACUUGU